UGUGGAAAGCCUCAAAUCAAAUUGCUGUGCAUCUAUCUUGUUAGGUUUAUGUUUACACUGAUUGUUUUAGUCAAUUUUGAUAAGAUUUGUUGUCAUUUUAUCCCUCUUAAGAGUCACUGAAUGAUGCUCAACCUUGUAUUUCUCUGAAUUUUAUGUUUUUAUUUGUCAUCUGUGUUUCAUGAGUCCUAGAUUAACCUGACCAGUGGAACCUAAUACUUUUUAAGACAAUACCAAUUGUUUCAUUAUUAUUGACCUGAAUAUCAUUUUAUUUUUAACCAUCAAUUCACUACUGUUUCUUUUUGAAACAAUGAAACGAGAUGUUGGAUAGUUAUGAGGAGAAUGAAUUGAUCUGGGAUGAAAGUGAUACUCGCCUAUCCAACCUAAGUGAUAAACAAUUGCCCAGAGUGUCACAAAAAAUUCCACCAACAACAGCAUCUAACUCUAGCUUGGAGAAAAGUUUAUCCAUUUGUUUUUCUGAUAUAUCCUCCAUUAGUGGUCCUCAAGAAAACAGCGAUUACAGUGAUGAAAGUCAUAAUACAUCUACAACCUCCAUUGUUAAACCUGUGGUCCAUUCGAGUCUAAAUGGUGGAGAUCAUGUAGACGAUGAAGAUUUGGGCCCUGCUCUUAAUUUUGAUCUUGAUUUUGAUUCUGAUGGUGAUAGGAACAUCAAUGGUUUUUCAAGGUUAACUCAGUUAACUUGUGACUCGAUUUCUUCUUCAUCAAUAUAUUCUUACAGUGGUGAUGACCGUAGAUCAAAGAGUUACAAUAAUCUAAAGGAUUUAGAUCGAGAAGCUCGGGUAACAUCAACAAAUCUUCAACUCGCUAAAUGGAGAGAUGACACAAUCAAUUGUGCCACUCCAAAGAGAACAGGUUAUCGUGUAACCUUCGAGAUAAUUUCCGCUCGCACUGUUACUACAGGGUCUCCUAGUGGUGUUAAGAAUAGACAUGUAUCAUACACAAUCAUUAUUAAAAGAUGUCCCGGUCUAGAAAGCCAACCUGGGGUUAUUGAAAGGAGAUAUACAGAGUUUUCGUCUCUUUACAUGGGUUUAAUGAAAAGAUUUCCCAUUUUGUUGAAAGACUUCAUUUUUCCAAAAAAAACAUUGGUUGGCAACUUUUCAAGUCAAAUUAUUAGGGAACGAAGCUUUGCCUUUCAAAGUCUUCUUACCUAUUGUUUAUCAGUUGAUGAAUUGCGAACCAGUCGACCGUUCAUAGAUUUUCUUCACGCAAAGGAGAUGAUGGAAGUAAGACGAGCCCUUAAAUCACGUAAUUUCGAAGACGCUGGUAACAUUUUAGAAAAUUGUUAUUUUAUUCAAGAGAAAAUUACUCUCCAAGGAGUUAAUGAUCAAACCAGUGCUCAAAUUUACCAAAUAUUGAUUCUUCUGGUGGCCUCCAUGGAAGUCGCUGGUAGUCCACAGGAAGCCUUAAAUUAUGCUGAAAAAGCAAUCCCAAUGAUCUUAGAAACCGAUUUUUAUGAUCAUCAUGAACUGACUGUGCCAUUUUUGCGUUUAAUUGAACGAUUAUUCGCAUGCUCAGGAAAACCAAUUGAUGCCUUCGCAAGGAAAAUAGCCCAGUUGAAGGAGAAAGGAAUCAAAACUGAUAAAUCGCCAAAUUUGAUUGAACUUAUUGUAAAAAAGGAUUUUACUAAUUUAACCUGCCUUCGGUUUUUCUAAUUAACUAUCCAACAAUCACCUUGAAUCAUUAAUCACCCAAUCACUAAUAUUCAUGAAAUCAAUAUAUGCACAUUUAACUCCAAAAAAAUUCUGUCAAUAUCAUCAUCUUCAUUAUCUACUCCAUCUAGUAUUAUAUUUAAAGUAAUCAUUUGAUCACAAUGCCAUUUCUAAUCUAACCAACAUUGCCAUAGUUAACUUCAAUGAUUAUUUGAUGGCUAUUCUACAUUUAUUUCUCAUGACUCAUGUAUAAAAGCGAAAUUGAAUUUAUUAAACAUUAAAUUAACUUUUUAUUGUUCAUACUGUAAUAACAAAAAA